CCGCGACGCGGCUGCAGUUUUCAAACCUCAACUGUAAGCUCCGGUUGUCGUCCGCGCUGCCGUCCCCGAGAGCCACCUCCCAGGGGGUCAGGUCGCCCCUGUUGGCCGUUGUCCGGAAGAGUAAAAGUAAAGCUAAGUGGCUGGAGGAGCGUAUCUAGAGGCAUCUGCCAUGUCGCGGAGAAGGUUUGAUUGCCGCAGUAUUUCAGGCUUGCUGACGACAAUGCCUCAAACCCCAAUGAAAAUGGAAAACUUUAAUAAUUUUUAUACACUCACAUCUAAAGAGCUAGGAAGAGGAAAAUUUGCUGUGGUUAGACAGUGUAUAUCAAAAUCUACUGGCCAAGAGUAUGCUGCAAAAUUUCUGAAAAAGAGAAGAAGAGGACAAGAUUGUCGAGCAGAGAUUCUGCAUGAGAUUGCUGUGCUUGAGUUGGCCAAGUCCUGUCCCCACGUAAUUAAUCUUCAUGAAGUCUAUGAAAAUGCAAGCGAAAUCAUUUUGAUAUUGGAAUAUGCUGCCGGUGGAGAAAUUUUCAACUUGUGUUUACCUGAAGUGGCUGAAAUGGUCUCUGAAAAUGACAUUAUCAGACUCAUUAAACAAAUACUUGAAGGGGUUUAUUAUCUACAUCAGAACAACAUUGUACACCUUGAUUUAAAGCCACAGAAUAUCUUAUUGAGCAGCAUCUACCCUCUUGGGGACAUAAAAAUUGUGGAUUUUGGAAUGUCUCGAAAAAUAGGGAAUGCUUGUGAACUUCGGGAAAUCAUGGGAACACCAGAAUACUUAGCUCCAGAAAUCCUAAACUAUGAUCCUAUUACCACAGCAACAGAUAUGUGGAAUAUUGGUAUAAUAGCAUAUAUGCUACUAACUCAUACGUCCCCAUUUGUGGGCGAAGAUAAUCAAGAAACAUACCUCAAUAUUUCUCAAGUUAAUGUAGAUUAUUCAGAAGAAACUUUUUCGUCAGUUUCACAGCUGGCCACAGACUUUGUCCAAAGCCUUUUGGUAAAAAAUCCAGAGAAGAGGCCCACGGCGGAGUCCUGCCUCUCUCACUCGUGGCUGCAGCAGUGGGACUUUGGGAACUUGUUUCACCCUGAAGAAACUUCUGGUUCCUCUCAGAGUCAGGAUCAUGCGCUGCGGUCCUCUGAAGACAGGACCGCCAAGUCCUCCUGUAAUGGAACCUGUAGUGACCGGGAGGACAAAGAGAACAUCCCGGAGGAUAGCAGCAUGGUGUCCAAGAGGUUUCGCUUUGAUGACUCGUUGCCCACUCCCCAUGAACUUGUCUCAGAUCUGCUCUGUUAGCACGGGUCUCUUUGACUCGCUUGGACUGCAUUUGGAAUUUGAAAUCCACUCCCAUGUGAGAUGGUGGUUUGCAGCUUCACAUAUGGCAUGUUUAUAUUGUAAAUGCACUUUUGCAUAGCAGAAUUUAGGGAAGAGUUUUAAUGCUAAAUUACUAGCUGCUAGUAGAAUUUUAUUUCCUAUCCUGAGAUAUCAAGUCUGCAGAGAAGAAGAUAUUUAAAUAUAUGACAAAAAAUAAAAUUGUGCAUUUGAGUUUACAUAUUAAUGAAAGAAUGCAAAUUCAAAUGGAUUUUUCUAAGUAUUUUACAUAUCAGGAAAAAAGUGGUUUGAAUUGUAUUGUGGUUGAUGCAGACUGAACAAAAUGAAGACGUUUGAAUUUGAUAUGUUCUCUGAGGUGAAUCCUGUACUGUGCUUCUGUUGACAGAAUUUUGUGUAGGAUAGCAGUGUCAAGUUUAAGCAAGAAUAUAUACUGUUUUAUAGAUGCUCAAGAGAUAUUUUACACUUGAAAAUGGUUUUCAAUGAUGAAUGUUUUGAAACUGUGUAAGAUUGCCAUAUAUAUGUUCUGCUAUAUGAGAUAGAUCCUUCAACCAGAGCAAAGAGGGAGUUAGAAGCCUGAUUUAGGGGUAUUCUAUACAAGUUGGAGCAGAGAAAAGAGUAGCAUGGCAUGAUUUUUUAACUCAGAUGUCUUUUGCCCACUCUCAGCACACUUCAGAUUUAACAAGGUCUGAGAAAUGGAGAAUAGAUGGUAUACAAGCAUAGGGGACUUUCAUCCUCCAGAAUUUCUGGAGUCGAAGAUACUUAGGUAAAACUGAAUGUGCUCUCUGUGUAGUCUGCAAAAUAUAUUUAUUAAUUGAGUGAAGAAGAAAAUGCUGACAGACAACUUAACAGAAUUUAGAUGUCUUUUAAGUCUUAGAAUACAAGCCAGUCGUUCAGAGUUCUAAAAGUCUGCAUAAAAAAUAUCGUAACACCAGCAGGACUGUGAACACAAUACGAGAGUCAGCAGUAGUGACCGUGAUCAUAAAGCAUGGUGGCGUCAACUCCUCGAAAGUGCUUGUGUAAAAUUCCUGGCAAGUGGUGGGCACAGCAGAAGGUGGUCUGCACAGUGGCCUCUAAUGACCUUUGCUGGGACCAAUGCAAGUCAGAGUCUAGGGACAGCAGAAUGUUUGACCUGUGGCUGCUGGCUUGUGUUCAGUCCUACUGGGGGCAGAUUCACUCCUUUUUGGGUAAUCUUUGGUGACUUUGCACCUGGUGACUAUCAAAAAGCCUGUUAUUAUGUUAAGAUAACUUUAACCUCAUGACAAUGUUACUAUAUCAAAAAAAAAUGAUAUUUUGAUUAAAAAAAAUCUUGCAUUUCCCCCCUUUGAAUUAUAUAUUACUGUAAAACCUUUAGUUUCUUGAAAUUUGGUUAGACUCCAAAUAACUUAAAACUGUUCUUAAUAACCAUCAGGUCACUUUAUUUGGCUAAAUGGUGAAUAACUUUUACAUCUUCAGCAUUUCUUAAAGGAAAAGUUAAUUCUACUUGUGUGUGUGUGCAUAUGUGUAUAUGUAUAUGUAUUGUUGUAUGUAUAUAUGUAUAGAUGGAUAAAAUAUAGUCUUUAGACAACUUUCUUUUAGAGAUCUUUACUGCAGUAUAUUGUUCUCAACUCAGGUGCCAAAGGAGCUCUCUUCUUACGACAUGUAAAUAUACAUUUAAAUUCUUUAAGAAGUAGCUUGUUGGUUCAAUAAACUAGCCAUUGCAGAAGCUAAAUUGGGCUCUUGUAUAUCUAAAACUGAUGAGUUUUUCCUAAAAUGUUGAUUGUCCAUGUAUUUGCCUUCAGCAUUAAGCUAAUGCAGGUACAGCUUAGUAAGACAUUGCAGAAAGAGGAAAUGAUUACUUUUACAAAAGACCAUACUAUAUUUUUAAAUUUCUAGAGGAAUUAUGCCAUACUAAAAAAUUUUUAAAAAUCAAGGAAUGUUUGAAUUAUAAGCUGGUUCUUAAAAAUAUUUUAUGCUAUCUUUUGCUCUGAGAAAUCUUAAAAUAGUUCGUAUGCCUCCCCUUAGUUAAUAGGAUUCGGAGCUGUAAAUUUCCAUACCUUUUUUUCCUAACAAUUUUUAUUGUAAAAAAGCAACUAGUGGUUGCACAAACAGUAUAAAAAUUCAAUUUUUUCAUAAAGGUGAAUUUAAAUGUUUUCACUGAUUGCAAUGUGAAAAUAAAUUAAGCCAAUUUUUAGAGAGAUCUUAUUAACAAAUGAUUCAAUUCAUACUGUUUUUCUCCCAAGUUUAAAAACAAAUGUCUAUCAACAGCAGAUGAUGUUUCUCACUAACGUGGGAAUCUAGAGAGCGCCUCUGGGGUGAGUAAUGUCAGUAACACUUCAACACAUCUGAAGGUUAACGUUAAAUUCUGUCGAGUUUAUAAAAUUUAAUUUACCUUCUGGAUAGGAUCCUUGGAUGGAUGGGAUUAAAAAAUAGAUGAGUUAUAGAUGACACUUAUAACUGUCAUUUAAAUUUUUCCCCCACAAUACAGUUAACCUAACUCUUAGCAGUGAAAUUGUAAUGGCACUUGAAAGAAGUAAGCAGCACCCGUUCUCCGGUCUGUAGCGAUUUGAGGCGCCUGUGCCAGAUUAUAAUCAACACAUCGCUUCCUUUAUCAAGAAAGUCUGGUUAUAAAAAAAAGUCAGCUGAUGAGUGACACACUUAGCUUUCUUUCUGGCACAAGCUCACUCUUUCAUGUUGGAUGGAUCACAAAUCGUUCAUAGACCAUAUUUUGAAUAGCCUUGUUCUAAGCAACAUUUAUAAAUGUUGAUAUUUUAUAACUGUUUACAUUUCUUCUGUUUAUUUUUGGAUAUUCAGUGUGAUAUCUGACUUAGAAACUUGUCCUUAUUCAUUGUUGUAUAGACAAUUGUACUUUAAUUUUAAAUUGUGUUAAAAUUAAGUUAUCUGACUUCCAAUUUGGGGAAUUAUUAUCAAUUUAUAAUUUUAUAAAAGUUUAAAGAACUUUAAACUGUAAUUGUAAAUUUCACACAAGUUACAACUGCCCUCCAUCUUAACUUUUAUUAAAUAAUCAUGUUGCUUAAGUCAUAUUGACCGACGUUAUUAUGAAUACUCCAGGAAAAAAAAAAAAACGCUUAUUACAUCAACUUAAUGAUCCUUUGGUUAAAAAUUAAAAAGCACUUUUUUUAUGUU